UAUACCGUGUGUGUGUGUGUGUCUGUGCUUGCAAUGUGCGCAUAUUGGACACAGAUAUUAUACCAUGGGGCACGAAAUCCUUAUUCCUCUGUGUGUGUGUGUGAAAAAUUUCGACAUUUUUUGGAUUAUCUGCCUAUGACAUUUUUUGGUAGGACUUAUUAUCUGCCUAUGACAUUUUCUUAUCUGCCUAUGACAUUUUUUAUAUGCCUAUGACAUUUUUUGGUAGAACUUAUUAACAUGCUUCCUUCCGUUUUUAGUGUUAUUAUGCAUUCAUGCUCCAGUUACUUAAUUUUUUGCCACUAUCUAAUAAUGUUAUUUUAUAUUAUCACUAGACAUGGAUCAAAGAAAGAUUGUGGCAUGCUUCAUUGUUAACGUGUGGUACUUGAAUAUUGUGACUUGGUUGAUGAUGUGGUUCAUCAAGAAUCAUAAUUCAGCUAGAAGGCGGAAUCGGCAACUUGCACUUAGAAAUCGCACAUUUGUUAGGAGAAUGGUAGGGUCAGCCUAUUUAGAUAGCAUAUUAGGAUAUGAUGAUGUUCAGUGUGUGAACCAAAUUAGAAUGGAUAGAAGAAUGUUCCACUAUUUAUGUCAAAUGCUUCGUGACCAUGGUAGAGUAAAAUUGGAUGGUGUAGUGACAAUGGAAGAACAAGUUUGCAUGUUUUUGCAUAUACUUGCACAUCAUGUCAAGAAUCGUACAAUUGAGAGUAGGUUUUGUCGAUCGGAGGAGACCAUAAGUAGGUAUUUCAAUUCCAUUCUACAUGGAGUGUUAAGGCUACAAGGUACACUUUUGAAAGUGCCAGAACCCAUUCCUAAUGCCUACCUAGAUCCUAAAUGGAGUUGGUUUGAGAAUUGCUUGGGGGCAUUGGAUGGGACUUACAUUAACGUUCAUGUCCCUGAGCGAGAUAAACCAAGAUACCAAUCAAAGAAGGGAGAGAUUGCGACCAAUAUGUUGGGAGUCUGUAAUGUGGACAUGAAUUUUAUAUUUGUGUACCCAGGUUGGGAAGGGUCGGCAUCUGAUUCUAGAGUACUCCGAGAUGCGAUAAGUAGACCAUCGGGAUUAAAAGUUCCCACGGGAUGUUACUACCUUGUGGAUGGUGGGUACACAAAUGGUCCAGGAUACCUUGCACCGUAUAAGGGAGUGCGUUACCAUCUCUCGGAGUGGAGAAAUAGAAGACUCCUGAUUAAUCAUGAGGAGUAUUUCAAUAUGAAACAUGCUCAAGCUAGAAAUGUCAUUGAGAGAUGUUUUGGACUACUUAAGAUGCGUUGGAGCAUCUUAAGAGGUCCAUCAUUUUUCCCAAUUAAAACACAAUUUAGGAUUAUGACAGCUUGCUGCCUAUUACAUAAUCUUAUUAGAAGGCAUAUGUCAGCUGAUCCAAUAGAAAAUGAAAUCCUAAACUUGGAUGAAUCUGAAAGUAGUGAUGAUGAUGAAGAUAUGAUUGACAGUGUUCAACCUACACAAGAAUGGACUGCAUGGAGAAACACUUUGGCUAUGAAUAUGUACAAUGAGUGGCAUGCACAAGUUAACAAAGAAACAGAAGGCUGGCUAGGAAAAUCGUUUCCAUUGUAUGAUAGAUUGAAUGUUAUUUUUGGGAAAGACCAAGCAACCGGAGUAGGAGCUGCAACUCCUACUGAGAUGAUGAAUGAGCCUGAGCCAUUAAUGAAGAUGAACAUGAGGUGGAGACUAGUUCUCCCUCUGUUGCUCGACGGUCUAGUAGUUCAAGUACCCGGAAAAGGAAGAGAGCUACUAAUGAUAAUGAUCUUGUUGUGGCAUUUAAAGAAAUGCUUUCUGAAUCAGUUGAUAAGUUGGGUGAAGUUUUACAAGUUGCUUUUGGGAAAGGAGUGGAUCCAAAACCUGAGAUUGUUUCAGAAUUGUCAAAGAUGGAUUUGUCUAUUGAGGAUCAAAUCAAGACACUAAAUAUCCUUUUCGAAAAGCCACAGAAUGAGAGGACAUUCUCGUCUUUGGAUGGUGCAAUGAAAAAAGCCUUUGUACUCAUGUUACUUGGACAAAGUAACCCCAAUUGACAUUUCAAACCAACAACAAUAUAUUUUGUUAAAAGUUGUAGCAUGCAUAUAUUUUGUUAAAAGUAGCAUGCAUAUAUUUUGGCUAUCUGGACAAACUGUUUCUUAUUGAAACCACCUUGCAUUUGUAUAUUUUAUGAACUUGGAUAUGUGGUUGGAUUAUAUAUCGUAACGAUUGUAGUUGUUUUUUGUGAA